GGGCGGCCCCGCGCCUGCUCCGUGCAGCUGUCCCGGCUUGUCCCGGUUUGUCCCGGGCUGUCCCGGGCGGUUCCGGGCCGUGCCCGCUGCAUGCCGGGCCCGCGGGCGCUGCUGCGGCUCGGGCUGCUGGUGGCGGCGGCGCGGGCGGGCGGGCGGUGCCGGGACCGGCGCUGGGACCGGGGCUGGGACUGGUACCGGGACCGGGAGCUGGGCCGGUGUCUGCCCCGCCGAGCCAUGCACGUCCCCGGCCCCACCGGGCUCCGCUUCCUGGGGCAGGAGGAGGCCCAGGCCAUCGACCAGGAGCUCUUCAAUGAGUACAAGUUCAGCGUGGACCAGCUGAUGGAGCUGGCAGGGCUGAGCUGUGCCACUGCCAUUGCCAAGGCCUACCCAGCCAGCUCCUUCACCACGAGCCAGCCCGCUGUGCUGGUGAUCUGCGGGCCAGGGAACAACGGCGGUGAUGGGCUGGUCUGCGCCCGGCACCUGAAGAUGUUUGGCUACCAGCCAACCGUGUAUUACCCCAAGCAGCCCAGCAAGCCCCUCUUCGAAGGUUUGACCACCCAGUGCAAGAAGAUGGAUAUUCCUUUCCUCACUGAGUUCCCAGCUGAGGCUGCUUUCAUCGAUGAGCUCUAUGGCCUGGUGGUGGAUGCCAUUUUCGGCUUCAGCUUCAAGGGAGCAGUGCGGGAGCCCUUCGGCAGCAUCCUCAGCACGCUGGAGCACAUCACCGUGCCCAUUGCCAGCAUCGACAUCCCCUCAGGCUGGGAUGUGGAGAAGGGCAAGGCAGACGGGCUGCAGCCUGACAUGCUGAUCUCCCUGACGGCGCCCAAGAAGGCGGCGAUGCAUUUCACGGGCCGGUACCACUUCCUGGGGGGCCGGUUCGUGCCCCCUGCGCUCCAGCAGAAAUACGCUCUGAACCUGCCGGCGUAUCCCGGCACGGACUGCGUCCUGCAGCUCGCCUAGAGCCGGGGCCAGGGGGCAGCCUUGGCAUCAGCACUCACACCAGGGCCAAUCCUGCCCAAGCCUCUGCCAGGAGGGUGCUCAGCACCUCACAGCUUCAGUGAGAGCCAGCAGGAUCAGAAGGCCCAGGAGUGGUGAGGAGCUCUGUUUGGGGUUGCUGCCUAAUCCAAGUGCUACAGGUGUAAAGGUGAUCUGGAAUCUGGGGCUCUGCCACUCAUGGCACCACUCACACUUCAGGAUAAUCUGAUUACAAUAAAGAUUUAUUCAUGCCCUUGAAAAAAAAUUCAGUACUCUGCA